AUGCAUUUGAACACAACGCUCCCCGAACUGCCCAAGUUUCGAGUAUUGGUUAUCCAUGGUUUUGCCGCCAACGGAUCUAAUAUCAUGGCCAAAACGAGGCCUAUAAGACAACGCAUCACUGAGAUGAUGACCCCCGAAAUUCUUUCUGAGUUCCCAGGGGGCAUUGAGUUCUUAAGCCCGGAUGGGGCCUUGCUUCUCGAGCCCCCGAUAGGCCUUGGAUGGAACGGGUAUGACUUCGAGAAUGAAGCUGAAAAGCAAGCUACAAUAGAUGAAGGGAGACAAGGCCAGAUCAAUAUGGGCUGGUGGUAUGGACGAGAUACUGUGAAUGAGUACAGAGGCAUCGAACAUUCUCUUUCCUCUGUCGCAAGAUUCCUUCAUGGAACGCCCAUCCAGGGAGUUAUUGGAUUCUCGCAAGGCGCCGCUCUGGCGGGGAUGGUCUGCUCUCUGCUCGAAUGCCAUAAAAACCCCGACAAGAUCGCCGCCAUCCGGGCCCAAGGUCUUCCUGUGGAUGAUUAUCUCUCUCUGCCCGACCAGGAACGGCUGAGGUUCAUUAUUGCAAUUGGAGGCUACCAGGGCUCACCAAAAUAUUAUGGCAGUCUGUAUCAGUGGCCGUUGCAGACGCCGAGCAUUCAUACAUUCGCCAGUAUGGACGCGAUCGUGGAACCGGUCCUAUCCAUGAACUUGGCUCGCUCUUUCACGUCAUACGAAACCGUCGAGUAUUUUGGCUCUCACUUCGUCCCUCGAGAUCCCGCAAGUGUGAAUGCCCUGGCGCGUUUUGCCGCGCACGCCUCCGUCCGCUACCUCUCGCCUUCUUCGCCUAUCGCGACUCCGUCACUGAGCCAAUCUCUCACUACAAGUGAAGAUGAGGACUUCCAUACCGCUAGUUCCCGUACUGGAUCUUCUGGUAGAUCGACGAGAUCAGUAGCAGCCUGGAAACGAAAGAGACGGACAUGCGUUAAGCGGGCCUGUCGCAUACGGGUUCCAGCUGGCCCUCCUGGCAAAGUUGAAGGGAAAAUCUCAAUACGGAGUCUUUAG